CUGCCCACACACAGUCACACUACACCCACACAUCAGUCGCUGCGCUGCAAAGUGUUCCAAUAUUUAUUGCUAAAAUGCUGUGAAAAUCCAUGUAAUUGUUAAAUUUAAUGCUCAAUCGUACGCACCGGAUGGCCGCGGAGGCGUGCGCAGUGGAAUUCGUGAGCUACUUGGCCGAAAAUGCAGCGAGUAACAAACGCGAAAAACGAUGAAAUCUAGUCAACCGAAUUUUGUGAAUGGGUGGAAAAGAGACGGAAGAGGGGCGCAAACGAAAAACGCAAAUAAAAAGUGACACGCAGAAACAGCUAAAGUGCAAUUUAUUUAAAUAUAUGUACUAGAGAUUUGGUCGAAAUAUAAAUACGAGUGACACAAAACAAAUCAUCGAAAAGUCAAGUGUGUGUUUGUGUCGGAGUCUCUCUCUAUCUCUGUCUCUCCCCCUAUACUUUGUUGUUGUUGCUCUGGUGGGGUUGAAAAGCCAUUGCCUGCAUAACGGUUAACGCGUGACGUACGACCCAAGCAGCAGUCAAGUGCACCGCCCCCGCACCGCCCCACCCUCCACCCACAAACCUCCCUAAAAGAUUAAUACCCACUUUAUAAAGAGAUAGAGAGAUCUUUGGAUCCCACAUAAACCCCAUUCAUCAUGAUGGACAACGAUGAUGCCCUGCUCAACAAUGGAGGACCACAGUCUGGGGCAGAAACGGUCUACGGCACCGAGGACAACAACAUGGUCAUGUCGGAGAAGAAUGAACAGGUUGUCAGCAUCGUCCAACAACUGGCGGGUAGCAUUUAUCAGGAGUUCGAGCGGAUGAUCAAUCGUUAUGACGAGGAUGUGGUUAAGAACCUGAUGCCUCUGUUGGUGAACGUGCUGGAGUGCCUGGAUGCCUCGUAUCGCAUUAAUCAGGAGCAGGACGUGGAGGUGGAGCUGCUGCGCGAGGACAACGAGCAGCUGGUGACACAAUAUGAGCGGGAAAAGAGCGCCCGCAAGCAGUCCGAACAGAAGCUAUUGGAGGCCGAGGACCUGGCCGAGCAGGAGAACAAGGAGCUGGCCACGCGUCUGGAGUCGGUGGAGAGCAUUGUGCGGAUGCUGGAGUUGAAGCACAAAAACAGUCUGGAGCAUGCCAGCCGCCUGGAAGAGCGGGAAGCGGAUCUCAAGAAGGAGUACAACAAACUGCACGAGCGGUACACAGAGCUGUUCAAGAACCAUGUUGACUACAUGGAACGCACCAAGAUGCUGAUGGGCUCGACACACUCCCAAAUGAGCACCGCCUCCGAUCGCAUGGAUGUGAGUCGGGCGAGGCUGAAUCCCGUGGCUCGCAGCUCCGGACCCGUUUCCUAUGGUUUCGCCUCGCUGGAGAAUUCGGUGAUGCUCGACACCGAAACCAUUUGCAGUGUGGGCAGCCAGUCCGACGACUCUGGGCCGCCGUCGCUGCAAAAUGAGCUGGACAAUCUGAGCGGAACGGUGGAACGUGGAGCAGCCACCGAUGCACUGCAGCAGCAGCACCAGGCCACCUCGCCCCAGAGCCCCGACAGCAGUCCCGUUGUGCCAAAUGUGCCCACAAAUGUUGGUCGUUCGACCACUAAAAAGGAGCAGCGCUCGGAUAACAAUCUCUACCAAGAGCUGUCCUUCCAGGAUAAUGAGGAGAGUGAAGAGAAUGAGAUUGUCACAGGCAGCUGGGUUCAUCCCGGAGAGUAUGCGUCCUCAGCUAACGACAACUAUUUUGGCAUGGGCAAGGAGGUGGAAAAUCUCAUAAUGGAAAACAACGAGCUGCUGGCCACCAAAAAUGCGCUCAAUAUUGUCAAGGACGAUUUAAUCGUAAAAGUGGAUGAGCUUACUGGAGAGGUCGAAAUCGUUCGCGAGGAGCUCAAUGCCAUGCAGCAAUCGAGGACCAAGUUGAGGCAGCGCAUCAGUGAGCUGGAGGAUGAGCUGAAAAAGGCCAAGGAGCAGGUCAAGCAGCAAAACACCGAGCAAGAGGAGAACGACGUGCCGCUGGCCCAGCGCAAGAGAUUCACCCGCGUGGAGAUGGCCAUGGUGCUGAUGGAGCGUAACCAGUACAAGGAGCGCUUGAUGGAGCUGCAGGAAGCAGUGCGUCUCACAGAAAUACUCCGUGCCUCACGCACCGUAGAUAAUUUGGACAGGAAGUCAAAACAGAGCAUUUGGAAGUACUUUAGUAAUCUUUUUACCCCCUCCAACCGCCCAACGGAACGCGUUGCGGACGGUCUCGGAGGGGGGCCGAUGUUUCGUCAUACCGGCGGAGGAAGCCCUGCCCACAGCCACGGAUCCCCCAGUCGAGGAGGUGGAGGUGGCGACAAUCGCCUUGCCCUAACCAGCGGCCAGCCGCCAGUGCAUCCCGCCAGCGCUGGUCUUGCCAACGCCCUCAUCAUGCCGAAGGACUACGCCGAGGAGGGCAGCUCCGAGAGGAUCAGUGCGAGGAGGCGGGAACAGUACCGCCAGCUACGCGCCCAUGUCCAAAAGGAGGAUGGCCGUCUGCACGCCUACGGUUGGAGUUUGCCGAUUAACAAGGCCAGCCAGGAGGCGAAUCCCAAUCGUCAUUCGGGUGGUGUACCCGUUCCCGUCUACUGUAAUCCCCUGGCGGAGGCCUCGCCACACAUGAAGGUGUUCUGUGCGGCGGGCGUUAAUCUCCAUGGAGGCUUUACAAAGAAUGGGCAAUCACUGAUACCUGCCAACUCACCAUAUGCUCCGAAAUCUACACUCAAGAUAGCUGAGAUAACCAGUCCGACGGCUGAUCAGAGCAUGGAGGCGUUGGACAGACAGAUGGCCAGGGUCAGCCUGGAGACGCUGGAGCCCGAGACGCAGCUCAGUUCGUUCGUGUGGAUCUGCACAAGCACACAUGCGGCCAGUACGGUCAGUGUUGUGGAUGCCAAUCAAUCGGCCACCGUUCUGGAUGCUUUCCCCAUCUGCGCAUCGCAUUUGCUCUGCAUUGCCUCCGUUCAAGGAGCGAUGGAGAGUGACUAUGCGCUUCUGGAGCAGUCAGAGGUGGUCAAGGCGGGCGAAAUGCUGCAGCGACCAGGCGAGGGUGCGGAGUUACUUGGCAAAGUGGAGUUUGUCCGGGUCAAGCCCAAAUCGGAGGAUGAGCAAAACAGCAAUGCUAAGCAGCAGCAGGAGGAGGAGGAGGCCAAGGAAGCCACGGAAAAGUCAAACGAGCAGCUACCGGCGGUGAGUGCCGAAGAGCCACUAGGCAAUGUGGAGGCCAUUAAAAUACGCCAGGCACUGCCUGGUGCACCACAGCGCCUCUCCACGGACGGCAACCAGACAAACAACAACAAUAACUCGAGCAGCAAUCUUCUGUUUGCCACCAAGUCGCUGAAUCCCAUACUGGAGACCAAGGAUCGGGAUGAACCGGCAAUGAGCUCGGUGGGUCCCACAAUGUGGCUGGGCGCCCAAGAUGGUAUGCUGUACGUGCAUAGCAGCGUGGGAAGGUGGCACGAGUGCCUGCACCAGGUUCUUCUGCCGGACGCUGUGCUGGCGAUUGUGCAUGUCGAAGCGAGGGUCGUUGUGGCGCUGGCCAAUGCCCAACUAGCCGUGUUUCGCCGCCAAACAGACGGCCAAUGGGAUCUGAAUAGCUAUCACCUGGUGACGCUCGGUGAUCGCAACCAUUCGAUACGUUGCCUCUGUGUGGCCGGCGAGCGCAUUUGGGCGGCGCACCGCAACAAGAUCUUUAUCGUUGACCCAGUAUCGCUUAACAUUGUGCACUCGCUGGACGCGCAUCCGCGCAAGGAGAGCCAGGUGCGCCAGAUGGCGGCCACGGGAGCGGGUGUCUGGGUGUCCAUCAGACUGGACUCCACGCUGCGGCUGUACAACACGCACACGUUCGAGCACAAGCAGGACGUGGACAUUGAGCCGUAUGUUUCUAAGAUGCUCGGCACCGGCAAGCUGGGCUUUAGCUUCGUCCGCAUCACUGCGCUAAUGGUGUCCUGCAACCGUCUGUGGAUUGGCACCAGCAACGGCGUGAUUAUCUCGGUGCCACUGGCCGAAGUGCAGCCGAAAUCGUCAUCCGAUCCCCAUGGUCAGAUGCCGCUCUGUUGCAUGGCCAACGCUCAACUCUCCUUCCACGGCCACCGGGAUGCGGUCAAGUUCUUCGUUUCGGUGCCCAUGCUGCAGCAGCCGAACCUGAACGGCGGACUGACCUUCAGCAACAAGCGACCCGAUAUGCUGGUCAUGUGCGGCGGCGAGGGCUACAUCGAUUUUCGCAUAAACGAUAACGACAUGGAGAACAGUAUUCAACUGGAACCAAAUCAAACGAUCGAAAAUCGAGGCGAUAAGAGUUACUUGAUUGUGUGGCAUGUUAGUCAACGUUAAAACCGAUUCUUUGGUUUAAGUGCAAAUGAAUAUUUAUAAAAGUUAUAUGAAUACAUAUAUAAUCUUAUAAUACGAUGUGUAACUCCACAACUGCAGGCUAGCGAAAAGAUUACCUUAAAUUUUAGUAUUUAUCUAACCUACCUUAAAAACUACCACGAUGACAAACUGGGUUCUAUAAAAUAAUUUAGUUAAACAAUUUUCAAAUUUGAGCCGCGAGACUUCCUCUAUUGUUUCUUAUUGCUUCGAUUAAACCAAAAAUAAAACCUGCAAAGUUAUUUGUCAGUGAUAGCCAGCUAAA